CUCAGGCAGGCAGCUGCGGCUCUUAAAACAGCGCCGGCCCCGCACGCUCCCUCCUGGGGUGAGCGCUGCCACCAACAUGAAGCCAGCCAGCUUCUGCUGGCUGAGCUCGGCUGUCCUUGCUGCUUACGGCUUGUUGGUUGUGGCAAACAAUGAAACGGAGGAAAUUAAAGAUGAAACGGCCAGGGAUGCCUGCCCGGUGCGACUAGAAAGCAGAGGGAAAUGCGACGAGGGCGGCCAAUGCCCCUACCAGGUGAGCCUGCCCCCGUUGACGAUUCAGCUCCCCAGGCAGUUCGGCAGGAUCGAGGAGGUGUUCAAGGAAGUCCAGAACCUCAAGGAAAUGGUAAAUAGCCUGAAGAAAUCUUGCCAGGACUGCAAAUUGCAAGCUGACGACAGCCGGGACCCAGGCAGAAAUGGACUGCUGUCACCUAGCCCGGGAUCCCAGGGAGAAGCCGAUGACAACAGAGUUCGAGAAUUAGAGAGUGAGGUGAACAAGCUGUCCUCUGACCUAAAGAAUGCAAAGGAGGAGAUCGACCUGCUUCAGGGUCGCCUGGAGAAGCUCAAUCUUGUAAAUAUGAACAACAUAGAAAAUUAUGUUGAUAGCAAAGUGGCAAAUCUAACUUCAGUUGUCAAUAGCUUGGAUGGCAAGUGUUCGUCUAAGUGUCCCAUUCAAGAACAAAUACAGUCACGUCCAGUUCAACAUCUGAUAUAUAAAGAUUGCUCUGACUACUACACAAUAGGCAAAAGAAGCAGUGAGAUCUACAGAGUUACACCAGAUCCCAAAAAUAGUAGCUUCGAAGUUUUCUGUGACAUGGAGACCAUGGGGGGAGGCUGGACAGUGCUGCAAGCCCGUCUUGACGGAAGCACCAACUUCACCAGAAUGUGGCGAGACUACAAAGUAGGCUUUGGAAACCUCAGAAGAGAAUUUUGGCUGGGGAACGAUAAAAUUCAUCUUUUGACCAAGAGUAAGGAAAUGAUUCUAAGAAUAGAUCUUGAAGACUUUAACGGUGUCAAACUCUAUGCCUUGUAUGAUCAGUUUUAUGUGGCCAGUGAGUUUCUCAGAUACCGUUUACACGUCGGUAACUAUAAUGGCACAGCUGGAGAUGCCUUACAUUUCAGUAAACAUUACAACCAUGAUCUGAAGUUCUUCACCACCCCAGAUAGGGACAAUGAUCGAUAUCCCUCUGGGAACUGUGGGCUCUAUUACAGUUCAGGCUGGUGGUUUGAUGCAUGUCUUUCUGCAAACUUAAAUGGCAAAUAUUAUCACCAAAAAUACAGAGGUGUCCGUAAUGGGAUUUUCUGGGGCACCUGGCCUGGGAUAAGUGAGGCACAGCCUGGUGGCUACAAGUCCUCCCUCAAAGAGGCCAAAAUGAUGAUUAGACCCAAGCACUUUAAGCCAUAAAUCACUAAUGCUCAUUCUUCUUGAGUAUUCAUUACCUAAUAGGGCAAUUAAUUCCUUUAGCACUUUGGAAUAUGUUUCAUACUCCUUUUCUAUGACUAAAAAUUUAUCUCUAAGCAGUGGGUUCUUAUGCUACACAGCAUUUGAAAUAAAGCUGAAAAAAUAUACAUUUUAAAGGA